ACGCACGAGCUUAUUUCACCGUCAGCGAUCACGGAGGCGUCAUCACACGCACGAGCGCUGUCCGUUUGAAUCAGUGGUCCACAGCCGCGUAUCCCUUCACACCGUGAGAAGUCGGAUGAUUUGCAUUUUAAAACGUAUUUAACCAAAUACUUCCCUGAAUCUGGAUUUAACGCACUGAACCCUUAUAUGGACUGCGCUCUUUUCAGCAUUCUGCGUGUUUCCCCACUGUGUUCUCCCCGUAGAUAGUAGUUAGAUUGCAGGUUUCAAGGCGAAAUGGCAACGGACGAGCUGUCAUCGAAGCUGAACCGCAGGCUGCAGAUCGAGGAGGGCGCACAGGACCCGGUGGCCCUGGACGAGGCUAAUGAGAACGGAGCGCACGACAAACCGGCCACGAGCAGCGCGGAUUCAGAGCUGGGAGCCAAACUGCAGCGGCGCGGGGAGCUGAACGAGGGCGUCGGUGAACACCAGCAGCCCAGCAUGAAGGUGUUCAACCCCUACACCGAGUUCAAGGAGUUCUCGAGGAAGCAGAUCAAAGACAUGGAGAAGAUGUUCAAACAGUAUGAUUCUGAGAAAGAUAACUUCAUCGAUCUGAUGGAGCUGAAGCUGAUGAUGGAGAAACUUGGAGCACCUCAGACUCACCUGGGCCUGAAGAACAUGAUCAAAGAAGUAGACGAGGACUUGGAUGGAAAACUCAGCUUUAGAGAGUUUCUCCUUAUCUUCAGAAAAGCAGCAGCAGGAGAGCUGGCGGAGGACAGCGGGCUUCAUGUCUUGGCACGUUUGUCAGAGAUUGAUGUGUCAACUGAGGGAGUGAAGGGAGCCAAAUCAUUCUUCGAGGCAAAAGUGCAUGCCAUUAACGAAUCAAACCGGUUUGAGGCGGAAAUCCGUCAGGAGCAGGAAGAGAAGAAGCGUCAGGCGGAGGAGAAGAAACAAAGACAAGCCGCAUUCAAAGAGCUGAAGUCAGCCUUCAAAUAGCCUCAUCCACCUCGACAGCCUCGAUUUACUCAUUCAUGUUUGUCCGUCAGAGUCCCCCGCAAUCAGAGAUACUAUGCAAGGCUGUGAAAUGCUCAGAGAUCCAUGCAGAUUCAUCUUCCUGAGAGAGGGACGCCUGUCUAGUUUGUGCUCAAGAGCGGAUGUCGUUUUAUCGUUGCCUGUUUCUCUCACUCUCUCUCAGGCUGAUUUUUAAAUGUGAAGCCAGACACUGAUCUCAAUACACUGGAUUGGAUUUGUUGUUUCAGUCGCAUGUGUAUAUAUGUACUGUAGUUUGUUCACCCCAUCAGUUUCGUUUUAGCAUCAAUUGGCAUCUUUUUCGACAUGUCAGUAGAUUAAAAUCUAACAUUCAUAAAGUGUUUUUUUAAUCAAACGGUACUCUCGGUAUGCCAUAUCCAGUCUGUUGUAUUCAUAUCAGUGGCAGUUGCACUAGUGCAAGACAUAAUUUCCUGUUUAAGCAGGAAAUGCUUUUCACUGUACCGUGACUAAUUAAACUUUCAUCGCUGACCAUCUGAACAUGAGAGGACGAAGUGUACACCACACCUCUGCUCUCAUUCACAUACAUUAAAUGUUAAGAACAUAAAAUAAUUUUUACUGUGCAGAGAGAGGUGAAGAAGUGGUUUUGGGUGUAUGUGCAUGUGUGGUGAUGAUUGUAACGGUGUUCGUCAAGUGUUUAUCUAUAUUUUCUUGCAUGGUCACUGUGGUGUCAUUUUUUCCUAAAUGGUUCCCUUUAGUCUUUAAGGUGUCCAGUGUUAAAUGUGGCACAUUUGGUUUUAAAAUGAAAAUUAUGAUUGGCUGUAGUUUUGAAACUGCUUACUUCAGCCUUAAAAAGUAAGUCAUUGCAAUUCAAUUUCUUUAGCUUGUGUGGUCAAUCGAGGUUUUGUUAGGACAAGGUCAUUUGACCUUUUGACCUCUGAACCCCUUUAUUUUGUGCUUCCAUGUGUAUUAAACAAGUAACUGUGACAUACUUAUGGGGUUGGUUAGAUAUCACAGACUGUGUGAAAUCCACCUCCUCAGCUUUCAUUUAAAGCGAUAGUUCGGCCAAAAAUCAUUUACUCAUCCUUGUGUCUUUCCAAACUUGUGUAGCUUUCUUCCGUGGAACGCAAGGAUGUAUUUUAGAAAAUGUUUACACUGCUAUUGUCCAUAUAAUGAAAGUCAGUGGGGUCCAAAACAACACUGAGCCCCCUUAGAAAAAAAAACACAAAUACCAUUUUUUUUUUCUUUGGUGUUCGACAGAAGAGAGAUAUUGAUACAGGUUUGGAACGACGUGGGUGAUUAAAUUAUUUUAAGGUGAACUGUCGCUUUAAGUGUCAACUCCCUAACUCUGGGGUGCUUAAUAUUAAUCAAAUUAUGACCAAAAUUACAAGCUUUGCACAGAAGUCCAUGCUCAGUGAGAUGAGGUUUUAUGCAUAGAAUAAAUGCAUCAUUUGCUAAUAAAAUGUGCAUGGCUUUUCCGUAGAGCCAGUGCAUGUAUUCCAACAUUAAAAUGUCUGAAUAGAUCUAAUAUUACAAUUUUAAAAUGAAAAAAAUAGAAUAGGCUUUAAAGUUUACUCUCACGUCUGAAAAAUGAGGGAACAUUUUUAACGAAAUCAUCCAAAAGCGUCAAUACAGCGUUUUAUGGUCAUGUGACAUGCAGUACACUGUGGCAAAGGUAACUGAGAUGCUAUGUAUAAAGACAAAUCUAUAUUUUCAUGUGAUGAAAAUGAAAAAAUAAUUUUAGUUUUGUAUGGAAAGGGGUCUUGUGAACAGAAACAUUCUUAUUUUCUCAGUAUGAAUUUUGUUGCCUACAAUCUUGUCUCCUCUUUCUAUAUUUUUUUCCCAUUACAGUCUAAUCAGUAAGGGCAAAUACUUUUGGUGAUUUCUAUAACGGAGACAAUACUGUUGGCAGUUGCUAUGCUUCAUGUUGUUCCUUGUUUUUGUGUUCCGAGUCACUGGUAAAUGUUCUUGUUUGCUCUGUGGAAAUUCAAACAAUAGGUGUGUAAAUAUUUGUCUCCAAAUUUUUCCAGCCAUCCACAUCUUCUUUUUCUUUUGUUAUCUACUGUUGAACUAAAAGGUAUUUUAAAUAUUGGCUGUUAAGGGGUGAAUGUAGUAGUGUGUAUGUUAUUGACUGGUGAUGACACCAAUCAAACAGCUGUUGUGUUCUGUUAGAAGCCAUAAAGCAUUCUGUCAUUCCUUUUGAGAGCUGUUCCAUUGUUGUGCCAAAUGAUUUCACACUUCUGUACUGUAUUAAGCUUAUUUUAGUACAACAUUCCACAGCAAGAUUCAGUGAAAUCCAUCAGGAUACUUUUGAUCGGCAGCCCCAACUGAGAUUUGAAUUACUAUGAGAACAGCUAAUUAGAUUUUUGAAACUUAAAGUUAAACCUUUUAAAACAUAAUAACAGUUUUGGUUUUAUAAUUAAUGUUUGCACAUCUGAAUAAUUACAUUAGAGCUUUGGCAGUAUUAACUUACGUGAAAAAACUUGCUGCUUUCAAGGCAACAGCACAAUGUUUUAAAACUUUUUUUCUUCCUUUAACUUGAUCUUUUUUUCUGUGAAAUGUAAUGCCAUGAUGACUAAAACAUGACAGUGCAGUUAAACGAUUUAAUCUUAUGGUAUGUUUUUAUUGUUUCAUGCAUCAUUCCAGCGAUUUGACAAUGGUUGAGAGGGCCUUGAUUCAUCCUGACCAUAUCUGUACCUUACUGUCACUGUCUGUGUCAGUUGAAACUGGUGGUUAUGGUAUCAUAUUCUUGUAGGCGUAUACAUUAUUGAUAUGUGGCUUCUAUAAUAUGCACAUUUAUUUUUGAUUUUCUUACUAAAAUGUACAAUUAUUCUUGUGACAAUAAAAAUGCUUUUAAUUUGGAAA